GCGCAGGCGUUGUUCAGUCGCCCGCGCGACCGCGCUGCUGCCGGCCGCGCGCCAUGGAUGAAGCCAGAGUUAGAGACCGCGCGCCGCUUACCGUCAUAGUGGCUCCCAGCAACGCGUCCCCGCCUCGGCUGUCCCCGGCGGAUCUCCUCCCAGAUGGUGACGCGGCCUUCCAUCCACUUUCAGCAGUCAACGGUCGCCUCACACCGCCAGGCUUAGAGCCAGCGUCGUACGCCACAUUAACACCCCUCCUCCCGCUCCCCCCUAUCAGUACUGUAUCAGAUAAAUUUGCCUAUCAUGCUGGUGGUACGUUCACGGUUAUACAACAGCAGCAUUCCUAUGCGUCAUUGUCCCCAGCGGCGUACAAUGAGCCUUUGUCACCACAAUCAGCGUACAGUAGGCGGAGUGCUUCGCCCAACUCGUUCGAGAGAAGAUCCCCUACGCCGCCUUUGCCCAGUCCAGGGCUAGAUCUCAAUGCGGCAUUACUGGCAAGAGAAGAAGCCCAGCAGACACAACCGAUACAAUCGCCAGAAUUGAAUGAUACGGAAGAAAUAAAUACGAAAGAAUUAGCUCAAAGGAUAAGUGGAGAACUGAAGAGGUAUUCAAUACCACAAGCGAUUUUCGCUCAGAGGGUCCUCUGUCGGUCACAAGGAACUUUGAGUGAUUUGUUACGAAAUCCAAAACCAUGGUCAAAGCUAAAAUCAGGGAGGGAAACGUUUAGGCGGAUGUGGAAAUGGCUGCAGGAGCCGGAGUUUCAGAGAAUGUCAGCGUUACGACUAGCAGCGGCCCAGAUUCCACAGAGAGGCAGCUGCAAGCGCAAGGAGGAUAUAGUUUCGGAUACCCAUCAUUCACAGAAGAAGCCGCGUUUGGUUUUCACAGACCUCCAGCGGCGUACUCUACAAGCUAUUUUUAAGGAAACAAAGCGACCCUCAAAAGAAAUGCAAGUGACGAUAGCGAGGCAAUUAGGUUUAGAGCCGACCACCGUAGGUAACUUCUUUAUGAACGCACGCAGAAGAUCCAUGGACAAAUGGAGAGACGACGACAUACCUUCCACAGAGUUGGACCAGCAGUGCGAUCCAAAUGAUUUGGAUCACGUACCCAGUUUAGACUCGGCAGAGUCAGAGGAAGAUCACGACGACCAGGAUGAUCAUCUCUUGUGACGCAAUAUCCACUCACAGCAUUUAUUAGUGCUUUGAGAAGAUUUAGUGGAGUAUAAGGACACUGCAAUAACGCUGAAUGAUCAGUGCUUUAAGAAUUCGGGUAACUGCUUUGUUUUUCUAUUGAGAAAUGAUAAGUUGUAAAAAUCACUGUUUAAAUUUCUCUUGCCCAAUGGAACGGUCAGGAGAGUUUCAAAGAUUUAUCAGGUAACUAUUACUGAGGUGGAAUAACUACUAUAUUGUCUAGUCAGCAACGCUUAGUUAUACUUAUUACCACUAUUGUUUACCAUACUAUAUUAUAAAGCGCUUACUAGUAUUACCGUGUUCGUUACCAUGGUUACCAUUUUUUAUAUGAAAAUCCAGUCACGGUAACAAUACGUUACUAGCUUACGUGUAAUACGGCCGCCACCUCACAUCCAAAGAACAUUUUAUAUCAAAAUUUUACUGUUUAAAGUUUGACACAACUUAGCAUAGCCUGAACCGUUUUCUAUUGACGUCAUCUCUUACCUUCUGUUAUAGGUAAGUUAUUGGGAUCCGCUAUCAAUUGUACAGAUAUAUAUAAAUGAUCUCCAGUCGAUUGUUCUAGUCACAUAAUGUUUAGUUUACAUUGCUAGUAAAAUUUAUUUAUACAUUGACGUUUGAAUUCACUUUUAUUUCUAUUUAGUCAUACCAGCCGUAAUGUUUACUCUCACUGUCUCUUGUCUAUAUAUAUAUACAUAUAAUUUAUCAAUGUUGCAGUAAAUAUAUGAAGCAUAGAACAUUUGAAUUUGUUUACAUGUCUUUCUAAAAUGAAAUAAUAACCACUUUAGACUUGAGAUAAGCAAAAGCUCGUGUAGGUUGUAGUCCAAAAGAGACAAUCUAGUCAUAUGCAUUGUUAACAAUGUACAACAAAACAAAUUCUUGAUAGAUUUACGUAAUAAAAAGCAAUCUUAAAAGCGGGCUUUUACAAAUGACCAGGAACUAAAUAUAGAAUCUCCUUUCAUUGAAGAAAAACUUCUCAGAGGUAAGCAUUAUGGCUUUGCAAUAAACGUUUAUGUAAGCCUACAAAAAUAUCCUUCCAGAAGCAAUAUUUUACCUUUGAAUUCAAAUGUUAGGCUUGUUAAUAACUCGUGCUAAACUGUUCGGUAUUUAGAUCUUUAUAUUGAAGUUUUGUAUCGGAAAGUUCUUGACUUAGCACUUGCAACAACGCUUUUCGAUUGCUUUAGUAAAAAUAUCCGAUUUGAUCGGAUCAAAACAGUAUUACUUGUCAAAAUGUACAGAAGUCACGGCAUAUUUUGUAUGCGCACUUUAAAAACAGAUUUUAUGUAAUCUUUGCAAGGUAUUUUGUUUAUAAAAGUUAGAGCUGUAAGGAGUAUUCAUAUUUGCUUAUACACGAUGAUGUUCAUAUGUAAGAAUAAAUUAAAUUG